AUGUAUAACGCACACCGCGGGAUGGUGCCUGCACCAAACAACCGCUUGACGGAAUUGUUGGAGCAGUUGCGCCAAGAAUUCGAGAGCCAGUCUCGGAGUACUGGCGAGUUUGAACAUCAAUUGACCGGUCAGAUUCAGGAGAUGGAAAUGAUCAGGCAGAAGGUUUACCAGCUCGAACAAGCGCAAAUCAAAAUUAAGGCCGAAUACGAAAAUGAAAUUCGAGUCUUGCGCCACGAGCUCGAAUCGCGCGGUGUCCAAACCGUUCCAUCGCAUGUUGGCGGCCCGACUCACGCAGGACCAUCACAAGCGCCUCCAGCCCUCGGACAUGGUACAAAUAACCUUUUUGGAGGUAUAAUGGCCAACCAAGGAGGUAGUGGCCCCGGUCUGGCGCCUCCGCCUCCCCAGGAGCAGCAGCCACCACAGCAUGGUCUUCAACAGCCGGCUCCAGCUGCUCAGCAAGGACCUCCCCAGCCUCCUCAGAGCUCUUACGGAGGAUAUCAGCCCAGCGCUGGUGUUAACGGAUACGGACCUCCUCCUCCACCCACUGCAUCUCCAGGGCCCGGUAAAGGCCGUGGCCGAGCUCCACCUGGACCUGCCACUCCCCAGCAGACUCAUCAGCUCAACUACCCAGCCCCUGGCGCUUCUCCUCAGAUCCCUCGCCCGACACCUACAGGACAACUUGUCCGUGAGCGUCCAGGUAAUACUCUAGCUAAUUGGAACCCGGAUGAUCUCCCUGCCAGCCAGAAACGGGAAGGUCCCGAUUGGUACGCAGUUUUCAACCCUGAAGUGCAGCGUGUGUUGGACGUUGAGCUCGUUCACCACUUGGUGCACGAUAGUGUUGUUUGCUGUGUGCGAUUCAGCCGAGACGGCAAGUACGUUGCCACUGGUUGUAACAGAUCGGCUCAGAUCUUUGACGUUGCUACCGGUCAAAACGUAGCCACUCUCCAAGACGAGUCUGUCGACAAGGACGGUGAUCUCUACAUUCGUAGCGUUUGCUUCAGCCCUGACGGCAAGUACCUUGCUACUGGUGCUGAAGACAAGCAAAUCAGGGUUUGGGAUAUCGCAACCCGUUCGAUCAAGCAUGUUUUCACGGGUCACGAACAAGAUAUCUACUCGCUCGACUUUGCAGGCAACGGUCGUUACAUUGCUUCUGGCAGUGGUGACAAGACUGUGCGUCUCUGGGACGUCUUGGAGGGCAAGCUCGUUUACACUCUCAGCAUUGAAGACGGUGUCACCACCGUUGCUAUGUCUCCAGAUGGCCACUAUGUGGCAGCUGGUUCUCUCGACAAGAGCGUUCGUGUCUGGGAUACUACUACCGGAUACCUCGUUGAGCGCCUAGAAAACCCCGAUGGUCACAAGGAUAGUGUCUAUUCCGUUGCAUUUGCGCCUAACGGUCGUGAUCUUGUCAGUGGUAGCUUGGACAAGACCAUCAAGAUGUGGGAGCUCACAGCACCCCGAGGCAUGCUCCCUGGAACCGGGGUCAAGGGUGGCAAGUGCGUGCGCACCUUUGAGGGUCACAAGGACUUUGUGUUGAGUGUCUGCUUGACGCCUGAUGGACACUGGGUCAUGAGUGGAUCCAAAGACCGUGGAGUGCAAUUCUGGGAUCCCAACACAGGAAGUGCGCAGAUGAUGUUGCAGGGACAUAAGAACUCAGUCAUCUCCGUCGCACCCAGCCCUACCAACAAUCUCUUCGCCACAGGAAGUGGUGACAUGCGAGCACGAAUUUGGAGAUACUCGAAUUACAAUGGGCGAUGA